AGUGGUCGAAUGUGUUUAUGUAAUUGAUUUUAAGUUAGAAAAUCUUUUUUUUAUAUUUUUUAGUUUUUUAAGUACUAUCACUAGAUUAUAGACAUUUUUUUAUUUUUUUUUUACUUAACAAAUAUUGGGUAUAAAUUAUUAUUAUUUAUAGUAUAUUGGAAAAAUUUAAUGAUGAUCAUUAUCUUUAUCUAAUCGGUAAAAUUUAUUUUUUGUGUGUUCAGCUUUACUUGGUUCAUCGUUAUUAUCAUCAACGAUUAAUUUUUUUUUUUAUUUUUUAUUUUUUUUUUAAAUGCAACACAUUAAGCACCAAAUUAAUUGACUGAGUUGAAUCAAGUGAACAACAGUUAAAAUCAAGUCUACAGAAUUUUACAUCAAUGAAUAUUUUUAUUUUAUAUUUUUUCAAUUAAAGUGAUCACGUGGCAAUCCAACAAGUUGAUUAUAAAAAUUAUAAAUUCAACAGUAUUAUACUGUUUAAAAAAAUGGAAGCAACAGCAAUUUUAGGAUGGGUUGAUUAUUUGGUUAUUGGACUAAUGCUGAUGAUAAGUAUUGGUAUUGGUUUGUAUUACAGAUUAACUGGAGGAAGACAAAAAACAACUGAGGAAUAUUAUUCAGCAAAUAAAUCAAUGAGUAUUUUACCAGUUGGUAUUGCAUUGAUGGUGUCAUUUAUGUCAGCAAUAACACUACUUGGUGUAUCAGCUGAAAAUUAUGUAUAUGGUACACAAUUUGUCGUUAUAAAUAUAUCAUAUUUAAUUGGUACACCAAUUGUUUGUUAUGGUUUUUUACCAGUUUUUUAUAAGCUACAAGCAACAAGUGCAUAUGAAUAUUUAGAAAAACGUUUUGGUAUUAAAACACGUUUACUUGCUAGUAUUGUAUUAUCAAUACAAUUAAUAUUAUAUUCUGGCAUUGUAUUAUAUGCACCAGCAUUGGCACUUGAAACAACAACUGGAUUAUCAAAAACAACAAGUAUACUUCUUGUUGGUAUUGUUUGUGCAUUUUAUUCAAGUAUUGGUGGUAUGAAAGCAGUAUUAGCAACAGAUGUAUUUCAAGCAUUUCUUAUGUUUGCAUCAUUAAUUAUUGUCAUUGGUACUGCUGUUAAUGAUACUGGUGGUUUUAGUGAAAUAUGGAAAAUUGCUAAAGAUGGAAAAAGAAUACAAUUCGACAAUUUUUCAUUUGAUCCAACUGAACGUCAUUCAUGGUUCAGUCUUAUUGUUGGUGGUAUGUGUACAUUUUUAUCACUUUAUGGGGUCAAUCAAAUUCAGGUUCAACGAAUGCUAACUGUCAAAAGUUUAUCAGCAGCAAGAAAAACAUUAUGGAUAAAUUGGCCAAUACUAACAGCAUUAUCAGUGACAACAUGUUUUUCUGGUUUAGCAAUUUACAGUAAAUAUCAUGACUGUGAUCCACUUAAAACAAAAGGAAAAGGAUUUGGUAUGGAUAUGUUGAUGCCACUUUAUGUUAUGGAUACAAUGUCAUCAGUUCCUGGUUUACCUGGUUUAUUUAUUGCAGGUAUAAUAAGUGCUGGUAUUAGUACAAUAUCAGCAGCUUUAAAUUCCCUAUCAGCAGUAUUUCUUGAAGAUUAUAUUAAGCCAAUAUAUUCAAGCAUAACUGGUAAUGAAUUUAAACAAAAAAAUUCAAUUAUUUGGAGUAAAUUAUUGGCAUUUAUACUUGGUAUUAUUUGUAUUGGUAUUGCUUAUUUGGCACAAUAUUUAUCUGGUGUAUUACAAAUAAGUUUGACAAUAUUUGGUGUUGUUGGUGGACCAUUAUUGGGAUUAUUUACACUUGGUAUGCUUUGUGAAACAGCUAAACAAAAUGGUGCAAUAACUGGUGCAUUAACAGCUCUAUUAUUUUUAACUUGGAUUGCAUUUGGUCAACCAAGACCAAGACCAAUUGGUUUACCUACAUCUGUUGAUAAUUGUACUGUGACAGUAUCAUCAAACACAACAAAUUUGAUUAAUAAUUUUAAUUCAAACGAUUAUUUUUAUUUAUACAAAAUAUCAUACAUGUUGUAUGCACCAAUUGGUCUAUUUAUUACUGUUGCAGUUGGUUGGAUUGUUAGUAAUAUUACACGAGACAAAAAAAAUUAUAUCGAUCCUGAUUUAUUUUUUCCAUUCAUUGCUAAUCGUAUUAAAACAAGACAACAAUGUAAUUUAAAUAAUACAAGCUUACAAUCAAAAUAUUCAAAUAAUCAAAAUUCAGAUUAUUUAGAUAAUGAUACCACAAAAAUGUAGAUGGAUUUUUAAUAGUUGUCUCAUACUUAAU